CCUUCUAGUUCCUACUCCGUCUUGGGCAGGACUUUCUUCGGCGGAAGCGGCGGGGUUAACACGGGUCAAAAUGGCGGAUAAGAGGGAAUGAGGAACUUAAGCAGGUGGAAUGUGGAUGUUAGCAUUUGGAGUAAGGAAGUGUGGAUGGGAAUGACUGCUAUGUGAAAAAGGGCAGUGGGGGCGGAGUUUAGGGACGUUGCACCGGGACUACUGAAAACUUAGAUGACAAGCAACUUUGUGUUGUUUUACGUUUAAUUAGAAGAACAGUGCGUAAAAGUUUGACAUUCUCUCGGAGUUAGAACAACUCUUUUUAAGGACACAGAGUUGUUGGUGUCAUUGUUUUCAAUGGCGCUUUUUGCGCGUUGGAGGUAAAGGUGUGAGUUGCAUUUGCAAGUGGCAAUGUCCGGCGUGAGUGAGUAAUAAACACCUUUGACAGAAGCGCCUUUCCUUUAAGUAAACUUGACAAGUACUGAUGCCCUGGUUAGUAAAGGUGUUCAGGUAGUAUAGACAUAAAGGUUGAGUGGUCCUCCUAAAUUGGAUGAAACUUUGCUGGAAAUGGUUUGGAUUUAGUGUUUCAGUCUGAACUUCACUUUUAAACAUAACGUUUGGGGGAUGCGUGACCAAGGAUUCGGGAAUGGUAUACCUAGCACCAAUGGAGUAUGUUUAAACUUUGAAUCAGUUGAAAUCUUUCGUUCAUUGUGGAGAAGGACGUCUUAUUUUAUGUUCGCUUGUUUUACUGAAUUGUUGGAAAGUUUUUGUCUGUCACUUUGGGCUGCGUAAAUAUUUGCGACAGAAGACUCAACACAGCUCAAGUACCAGAGAGCAGAAUGUCUGGGUCUAACGUGAAGGUAGCAGUUCGAGUCCGACCCGUCAACAAAAGAGAACUUGAGUUACAUACCAAAUGUGUUGUGGACGUUGAAGGUAAUCAGGUCAUACUGCAUCCUGUCAGCACUAAUCUUGGUAAAGGAGAUCCCAGAAACCAGCCUAAGGUAUUUGCAUAUGAUCACUGUUUUUGGUCAAUGGACGAAUCAAAAAAAGAAAAAUAUGCGGGUCAAGGAUUAGUUUUCCAGUGCCUUGGGGAGAAUAUCCUUCAGAACGCCUUUGAAGGUUACAAUGCUUGUAUCUUUGCCUAUGGACAGACAGGUUCAGGGAAGUCCUACACAAUGAUGGGUACAGCUGACCAGCCAGGCUUGAUUCCAAGGCUGUGUAGUGCACUCUUUGAGAGGAUUCAGCAGCUGGAAAAUGAAGAGCAGAACUUCAAGGUGGAAGUGUCCUACAUGGAAAUCUACAAUGAAAAAGUGCGAGACCUACUUGACCCAAAGGGGGGUCGGCAUACCUUAAAAGUCAGGGAGCACAAGGUCUUGGGCCCUUAUGUAGAUGGUCUUUCAAAACUGGCUGUUGCAAACUACAAGGACAUUGAAUCUUUGAUGUCCGAAGGGAACAAGUCUCGCACUGUGGCUGCCACCAACAUGAAUGAGGAGAGCAGUCGAUCACAUGCAGUAUUCAAUAUUAUCCUAACUCACACACUAUUGGACAUUAAAUCAGGGACUUCUGGUGAAAAGGUGAGUAAGCUGAGCUUAGUGGAUCUAGCAGGAAGUGAAAGAGCAGCAAAGACUGGAGCAGCAGGAGAAAGACUAAAGGAGGGAAGCAAUAUAAAUAAGUCCUUAAGUACACUUGGUCUUGUUAUUUCUGCUCUUGCUGACCAGGCUGCUGGGAAGAAUAAGAAUAAAUUUGUUCCUUAUCGAGACUCUGUACUUACUUGGCUUCUGAAGGACAGUCUGGGUGGUAACAGUAAAACAGCCAUGGUGGCAACUGUUAGCCCUUCUGCAGAUAACUAUGAUGAGACUCUUUCCACACUGAGAUAUGCUGACCGAGCUAAAAAUAUUGUGAAUCAUGCUGUGGUUAAUGAAGAUCCUAAUGCAAGAAUCAUACGGGAUCUUCGAGAAGAGGUGGAGAAGCUUCGAGAGCAGCUAAACAAAGCAGAGUCUCUGAAGGCUCCUGAACUGAAUGAUCGCUUGCAGGAGUCAGAGAAGCUGAUUCAGGAGAUGACUGUGACUUGGGAAGAGAAACUGCGGAUGACUGAAGCAAUUGCUCAGGAACGCCAGAAACAACUUGAAAGUCUUGGAAUCUCUCUCCAGUCCUCUGGAAUCAGGGUUGGUGAUGACAAGUGCUUCCUGGUGAAUCUAAACGCAGAUCCAGCCCUCAAUGAACUUCUUGUUUAUUACCUAAAGGAGCAUACACUUGUUGGUUCAGCAGAUUCUCAAGACAUCCAAUUGUGUGGCAUGGGAAUUCUUCCAGAACACUGCAUAAUAGAUAUAAGCCAAGAAGGGCAAGUUAUAUUGACACCGAAAAAAAAUUCAAGACUUAGUUUGCCAAAAAAGAAGUCGGAGAGAGAAAAUGAGGACCGUGAGAACACAGUAAAGAAGAGUAGCAGCACAGAACAUUUAGACUGGGAAGGGGACACUGCUAGUGAAGUCUCCAGUGAGGUCAGCUUUAACUAUGAAUAUGCACAAAUGGAAGUCAUGAUGAAGGCUUUAGGGGCUAAUGAUCCACUCCAGCCUAUUCUACAAAGCCUAGAACGUCAUCAUGAAGAAGAGAAGAGGUCAGCUCUUGAACGCCAGCGACUGAAGUAUGAGAAUGAGCUGGAACAGCUUCGUCGCAGGUUGUCUCCUGAGAAGCAGCUACAUUAUCGCAGUGUAGAACGUUUCUCUUUUGGUUCACCUAGUGCUCAGCAGCGUAUCCGCCAGUGGACAGAGGAGAGGGAGGCAAUGUUGGAUCUGAGCCUGAGAAAACUUCGUGAGCAGACUGGCAAGGCAAACCUCUAUGUACGGGAAGCUAGUUUUAUUUCGGAAGAAAUGGGGAAGAAAACAGAGUACAGAGUAACCUUACAGAUUCCAUCUUCUAGUCUUGAUGCCAACAGGAAGCGUGGUGCUGUUCUCAGUGAGCCAGCCAUCCAAGUCCGACGUAAGGGGAAAGGAAAGCAGAUCUGGUCCUUGGAAAAGCUAGAGAACAGACUAGUGGAUAUGCGAGAGCUUUACCAGGAGUGGAAAGACUGUGAUGAAGACAAUCCAGUUACUAGGUCAUAUUUUAAACGUGCUGAUCCCUUUUAUGAUGAGCAGGAAAAUCAUAGCCUGAUUGGAGUGGCAAAUGUUUUCCUUGAGUGUCUAUUCUAUGAUGUAAAACUACAGUAUGCUGUACCAAUUAUUAACCAGAAAGGUGAAAUUUCUGGAAGACUUCAUGUAGAGGUAAUGCGACUAAGUGGGGACUUUGGAGAUGAACAUAUCGCGGGUGGAGAGGAUGCAAAUGAAAAUGAAGUACAGGAGCGCAAAUUGACCUGCAUGAUAAAAAUCUUGCAAGCCACAGGCCUGCCCUGGCACUUGUCCAAUUUUGUGUUUUGCAAGUACAACUUCUGGGACCUAGAAGACUCUAUUAUUGUUGCCCCUGAGGUGGAUACGUCCUCUCUUUCUCCUACAUACAGAGAAUCUCAGUGCAUGAUUGUCUUUGAUCACUGCAAGGAAUUUGCAGUUAAUAUAUCGGAAGAAUUCAUUGAGUAUCUCACAGAGGGGGCACUGGCUAUAGAAGUUUAUGGCCAUAGGCAGAUGGAUCCUCGGAAGAAUCCCGCUGUAUGGGAUCUGGGCAUAAUCCAGGCGAAAACUCGCAGUUUACGUGAUCGGUGGAGUGAAGUUACCCGAAAAUUGGAGCUCUGGGUUCAGGUACUUGAGCUGAAUGAAAAUGGCGAGUACUGUCCUGUGGAAGUGAUACCUGCCAGAGAUGUUCAUACAGGUGGCAUCUUCCAGCUUCGUCAGGGUCAGUCACGUAGGAUUUCUGUUGAAGUGCUUUCAGUUCAAGAUUCUGGCACAAUGCCUCUAAUUGCAGAGUCUGUGCUGUCCAUUGCAGUGGGCUGCCCACGAGUUAGUUGCAUCAAGCACCCAAAAGAUCCUUUCCAGACUGAAGACAGUGACAUGGACAGCUAUCAGGAUAAAGAUUUGGAACAGUUGCGUAGAAAGUGGCUGAGCACACUGACAAAACGGCAAGAAUAUCUUGAUCAGCAGCUUCAGAAUCUGAAUACAAAAUCUGAUAAAACAGAUGAUGAUGUUGAUAGAGAGGCCCAGCUUCUGGAAAUGAGACUGACCCUAACAGAAGAAAGGAAUGCUGUGUUAGUUCCUUCAGCUGGGAGCAGUAUUCCAGGUGCACCUGCAAAAUGGACUCCAGCACUUGGCAUGGAAACUCACAUACCUGUACUCUUCCUCAGCUUAAGUGCUGAUAAUUACAGCUCUCAGGAGAACUUGCAUAACAUUGGUGCAGGAGGUUGGGAGGCCAGUCUUCCUGAUGAAGAUGAAGAUGAAUUCUUUGACCUGCCAGUUGUGAAAUCCAGUGAUGACGAUGUAAAAGCAGAAGCCUCCUGGGACUCUGCUGUUCAUAACUGCCCACAACUCAGUAAAGGAACAUCAUCAGAGGAGCGUGUGUUCUUGAUUGUAAGAGUGUCUGUCCAGCUGAGCCAUCCAGAAGAUAUGCAACUUGUUCUGCGUAAACGCAUCUGUGUUAAUGUCUACAGCAGACAGGGAUUUGCUCAGAACCUUCUAAGGAUGAUGUCUCAUCGAAGUAACAUUACUGCAUGUGGGGUUACAUUUGAAGUCGUAUCCAACAUUCCUGAGGAUACCCAGGAGUCUGAGGAACGUGAGGCUCUCGCAAGCAAGGCUGCUAAUGUUGAAAAUGCUGAAUCGGAAGACUCUGUAGCUUACAUGGAAAAAUACUUGAGAAGCAUCUUAGCAGUAGAAAACAUCCUAACUUUGGAUCGGUUGCGCCAGGAGGUGGCAGUGAAGGAGCAGGUUACUGGGAAGGGCAAAUUAAAUCGUAAAAGCCUCAGCUCCCCUAAUGUAAACAGGUUGUCUGGAAGUCGUCAAGAUCUAAUGACACAUAAUGGCCUUGGUAGUAAUAAGGGGCGCUGGGAAAGUCAACAGGAUAUUGCCUCUGCUUCCUCUGCACAAUAUAAAGGGAGUCAUCAAAUGGAGUCUGGCUCUUUUCAGAACACUGACACAUAUGAUACAGGCAUCUCAGGAUUAGCAUCUGCCUACUUGACUCCAGUAAAAAACCUUGUGCCUCAAAUGCCAAAGCUGCUAAAGUCUCUCUUUCCUUUGCGGGAUGAAAAAAAGGACAAGGCAUUGUCUCCAGUUCUGCUUCAGCCACUUCCAAGGAUCAUGGUUCAGUCUGCCAGUGUUGAUGAAAGUGCUGCGGAAAUCAAACAGGGUACCAAAGUCAAGGAUGUAGGAUCAUUUAGCAUUCCACUAGAAUCCAGUAAGAUGAAAACAGAGGAAAUUCACAAAGUGCCUCCCCAGCAAGAUGCAGCUGAUACUCAUGUCCAUGAUGUAUGUCCUUGUAGCCCAGUAAGUGAGGCAUCUAGUGGUUAUUUCUCUCACAGUGUUUCAGCAGCAACACUGUCUGAGACAGUUACAACUGUAAGUGAUAUGGUUAGUCAUCCGGUUACUAUACAGACUGAUUUGACAUCACUUCCACAAUCAUCACAUAAAACUCUAAUAGACAAUGACAACUUAGUUACUGCAGAAACUUUUUCCAGUAGUAGAACUGUUUUUACUGAAGAAACCAUCUGUCCAGUUUUAGAUGAAAUUUCAUACCAUGAAUUUGUGGACAAAGCCCCUGUAAAACAUAUAUGCAGUGAUGAUGUAACUGUUAGUGAUAAUAUUGCUCAGUCAAGGAUUCUUUUGGAAACUGUUUCACCUACUAAUCCCUGUGUCAACAAUGACAAGGAUCCCACAGCCACAGAUUGUAAAAAGGAGUCAUUUAAACAACAUACACCUGACUGUGUAGUCCAGAAUGAACACAUGAACCCUUCAACAUCUUUGGGACUGUCAGAAUCUGGUUCUCCUCUGAAAGAAGGCUUUCUGUCUCAACCAAAAUUGUUAGCUUCAAACCCUUUCAAAAUUCAGAAGGUGAAGACGUCAGAACUGAAAUCAUUUGCAGGUAUGCUGGGAGAAGAGAGUUGCUAUAGUGAAUCCAAAAGUCAAGAUGGUACAUGCAAAGUCAAGAAAUCAGAAACUAGUAGAAAUCCUAUUAGGGCUACUGAGCACUUCGAUUUGGCAGUGGUGGAACAGAAGCUGGAAAGGACUUCAGACUCGGAAGAACCAGCUGAAAUUCCUGACUGGCUGAAAGAAGGAGAAUAUGUCACAGUUGGCACCAGCAAGUCUGGUAUUGUUAGAUACGUUGGACCAACAGACUUUGCAGAAGGAAUCUGGGUUGGUGUCGAACUUGAUGUACCUGCAGGAAAAAAUGAUGGAUCAGUAAAUGGAAAACAAUACUUCAGAUGCAACCCAGGAUAUGGUGUUCUAGUGAGACCAGACAGAGUCACAAAGGCCACCAGUACAGCUAAGAGACGAAGCACAGGCAUCCGCCUACAAGCUGCAGUUACAUCUGAGAGAAGGAAAAGUGGCAGCAUUUCAAGUUCAAAUCCUAACCUUUCUGCACUGACAGCACUGGCUAAACAUGAAGGUGGAGCAGCUAGCCAAACAGGAGAAAAAAGUCCAAGUAAAUCUGAGAAUAGGAAGUCAUGGGCCAGCUGAAAUAGUUUCUAUCUAAAAAAAAAAAAACUACUUUAAGCUUUCUUUAUCAGUGUAGAUCAACUCUGAAGAUGGAACAGCAGGCAAAGUGCAACAGGCCAUAUAUUUUCCUGUCUUGUAUUGGCAGAUGGUAUAUUAUAGAUGGUUGUAUGCCUUUCAAAACAUUUUUUGUUGUUUCAGCUGUAUGCAGAAUUUCUCAGUAGUAUUUUUUUCCAAAUUUUUAAGUGCGGUUAUUCAAGUUUAAGCCUUUAAAUCACUUUUAAAUAAGAGUAAUAAUUUAAAUAUAGAAGGUAGCGUAUUAGUUUUGAUUAGUAAUUCAAAACCAUUAAGCAGUGUUACAGUUGUUAACAUUUUAAAUCUCAGCUAAGAAAUCUCUACAAAUCAGUAUCUUGUAUGCAGAAUGUUUCUCAAGCCGAGUAAACUGAUUUAUAGAGUUAGGUGUGUUGUACUUGGUAGCAUGGAUCCAGUUUGUCAAAUACAUUAAAAGCACCUGUUGCAGUCCAGAUUGCUGAAGAUGGCUAGAUCCAUACUACUGAUAAGGUUCCAGGUCAUCCUGUAUGUCAGCUGUGUAAGGUCUGUACCAUAUCCUGAAAUUGGAGCUUGUCUUCCAGUGUAAUUAAUAAAACAUUCCUUGACUUGCUGUAAGCAUAUCUGAUACCUUUACACACCCAUGCUAAUUCUAAUGACAGAAAUGUACUACACUGUUCCAUUUAGAGAGUACAAGUUCAGUUACCCAAAAUGUCCUUCGUUUUUCAUGUUCUUAUGACUGACAGAGGUAAGGCCUUUACUCUAGCCUAUCCACAUAAGACUAAAUACUGGUAUUCUAACUGCCAUUAGCAGUGUUUGUUCCAAAAACAUUAAGGGGCAUUACAGAAAUGUUUUAAAGGGCUAUGGCAUGUAAGGUUUGUUCAUUUAUUUUAAAUCAGUGUUUGCCUUUGAUGUUACUGAAUGCAGUGGGGCUGCUUAACACAUCCCCUUUUUGUCCUUAAUGCUUUGGGACUGUAUUACUUGUAAUUUUUCUUGAUUUGUCCUUGUUUGAAGUUGUUGUUUUAAUUUAUUACUGGGUAUUAUAAAACCAUUGUCUGUUUUACUUCUAUUUUAUUCUAAAUUGGUAAGUUUGUAAAACUGACACUUUAUAGUAAUUUAAUGAAGUUACUGAAGCCCAGAUAACGCACGUGGUAUGACAGCAAUCAAAUUAGAGUUUGUAUUUUCUCUUUUUUUAAUUUCUCCAAAUGCAUGUGUUAGGAUGCUUUGACAUCCAUGUAGCAAGCAGUGUUCAGAAUAGAGCAUUAAUGGGCUGCUCUUGCUGCUUUUGUCCUCUAGACAGGUUUAUACGUUCCUUUUGUUUUAUUCAAGAUAGUGUAAUGAAUAUGUCAGUGGAGAGGUCAGGACAAGUUUGAUUUACUGCAUUAAGAUUUUUGUAUAUACCAAAUCCCAUUAGGGCAAAUGUAGCAAGUUUUGUCAGUUUAUCACUUGCCUUUGAAGGGUUGAGUAGCUUAAAGUCUUGGUAAAGUCUCAGGUUAGAUAAGAGAAGCUGGAGUACUAUGAUACUUUCAGAGAAAAUCUGUUUCCUUUGGGUUUGUCAUUGGGAUACAGCAGCAAAGAAGUUGCAUUAUUUUAGCUUUCUUGUUCAUUAGUAAUUCAGACUGACUAAACAGCAGUAAUCAUUAAUUUAAUAGCAUUUGAUAACUUUUUACCUGACCAUAAUCCUUGUUCAGUUGUACUGUUUCCUGAGUUGCAGAAAUUGGUUUAACCUUAAUCACAAGUUGAAGUCCAACCACUGCAGCAGAGGACUAGUUGGGUAUUGCACUCUUGUUAAAAGAAUCCACGCAAUUUUCCGGGCAGUCUUAGCCACCAUGUUCUUAAUGUUUAUUUAGAUCACCUUUCAAGAAGAUGCUGCCAUUAAUUUUGUUUCAUUUGAGAUGUUCUUGUGUUGCAUCUCUUCCUCUUCCCCCAAAAAUUAUGAAUUUCGAGGAUUGUGGCUAUUACAUGACUAAAACUUUGUAUGGUGGUAUGCACAGUAAGUUUUCAGUGUCUUAGUGAAGACUAAAAGAACUAAACAUUGUGCACCUAAAAGGCAGUGAAAGAGGAGUUCAGAAUCAGUAUGUUAAUUUGGGAUUAUUUAAUCUGGUGAGAAUGCAGAUGGCUGAAACAAGGCUUGUUGAGCAUAGUCUGCCUGACCCAUAGCUCCCUAGGAAAUAAGAUGCAGUUCCCAAAUAUCCCUCAUCAUACCUUGUGUUAUAUUUUGAGGCCAGAGUGUAGAGGACUUAGCUGUAAUAUAAAGAAAUGAUAUUUCCUACCAUACAGUAUUGACAGAGAAAUUAGAAUUUUAUACUAGAGUGGAGAUGGCCCUGUACACAAAAAUGGAUUAUGCUCCAUAUCUGGUUUGCUUGUCAAGUCCUGUUUUCUUUUGGUAAUGCUCAGACAGCAGUCGUUCAGUUAAAUAUGUAUUUGCUAAGUUUAGUAAUUCACUCUAAUCUAAUUUGGCCAAAAGAUUUCUUUAGGUAAGAAAUUAAUAAUGUUUCAGUACUCUUGUGUAGCUUGGAACCUUUAGUGAGUUUUCAUUUUUAGUAGGGAGCGGUCUUCUACUAGAAUUAAAUAAUUGCAGUUUGAGUUGUAGUUUUUUUUCAGUGUGUAAAUUCUUUUACUAGAAGACUACUACAAUGACUGCAAUGAAGCUAGUUUGUAUGAUAAAUCAAGCAAACAACUUAAAAAAAAUGUUUUCUACACAAGUGCUACCCAUCUCCCUAUGCAGGAGCUGUACUCUUUAUUGCAAACUGGGAGUCAGCAAACCGUAGGGUAGGUUAAAAAGACUUCUGCGUAUUGCCCUUUUGGUCAGACAGUAUUAACUGAACAGACUUUACUCCAUCAGCCCUCAACACAAUGGUAGACUCUAUUUUUAAGUAUUUUAAUUGUUCUAAAGGCUGGGAAUGUCAUUAUUGACCAAAUACACAAUUGUUGGCCAUCCACACCUCCCCAAAUGGAAUUAGUCAUUUCAUUGCUGGACAUUUUUCUAUAGCAAAACUUCACCAAAUGUCUCUGUCCUGUGACUUAUGAAUUAUCACUUGUGACAUAGGCAAACUUACAUUAAUAUAAAAGUAAUUAAACCUUAUUAACUAAUUCACAUUUACAUUUUGCAUCAAUGUAAUCAGUCAUGCAUUACAUAAAUAGUUAAAUUCCUGCCUUCUCUUAAACCUCAUUCUUCCCCCAAAACAUUUCUCUGCAUGUAUUGUUCCCACAUUUUCCAUUUUUUCUAUGUAAUUUACUCCUACAUUUUCUAAAGAUCCCACUUCCUUUUUUUCUAUUUCUGUUACAAUAUUCACUAUUUCAGGUGUAGUCAGUUUAGACUUUGAUUUCCAUUGUCUAGUAAUGACUUAAAUAUUCUGCGUCACAAAUGACCUACCUUUCAUUUUACCCAGUGUGACCAUCUGAUAUGAACAUGUAUACGGUAUCCUAUGAAUUCUCAUUUAUUGUAUAUGAGUUGACAGCUGGUUUAAUGGGUGAGACGAGGCCUCAGAAUUGUAUAGAAUCCUUUAGUAUCUGUACGUAGUUCAACCUAGGAAAGAUUAUCUUCUUUAUAUUAGUACCAUAAAAUCCCAAUAUAGUCCAUUUUCUGUCUUCCUUAACAUGAAAUACGUUUUAUUUUUUGACACUUUUACUUUUAGUUACUUUCAUCACUUCCAGUUAUUUUUUCAUAUUAUUCAUUACAAUUUCAUUUUGUAAGAUAAUGUAACAGUGAAUUUCAUUAGAGACAAAAUCUUUUGCCCUACAAUGGUAAAUAACCAGUCAUCUUGAGCAUCAUUUUUGAGGAGAAUAUUAAGCUUGGGAGUCAUGUCAUUUCACCGAAGGUAAUUUCGGUGAACGGAAACAAAUUGCAAACCAUUCACUGAAAUUACCUUCAGUAAACAUUACAGUAUUUAUUUAUUUUCCAGGGGCGUGUGGGGAGACAUAUAUAUAUAUAUAUAUAUAUAUAUAUAU